GCAACUUGGCUUGACGAAUUCUAUAUCGAAUUCCGUGGAUUUAACACCUGCGGCGCACAAGGAUCGUUGCCAGAACUUGGAGUAUCUGAACGAUCGACAGAAAGAGCUCUGCACGCUCAACGAUAAAAUAUUACCGAUUUUGGGGAAUGGAGCGAAGAUGGCGAUCGACGAGUGUCAAUAUCAGUUUCGUAACAGUCGAUGGAACUGCACUUCUUUUCCGGAAAACAGCUCCGUUUUCGGUAACGUCGUCUCCAUAAGAAGUCGUGAAUCGUCGUAUCUGUCGGCGGUUUCGGCGGCGAGCGUCGCUUUCGCGGUGACAAGAGCUUGUUCGAAAGGUGAGCUCAACGAGUGCUCGUGCGACAACCGCGUGCGACAGCGCAAACCGCGCACGUGGCAAUGGGGCGGCUGCUCGGAGGACAUCCGUUUCGGGGAAAAGUUCAGUCGCGACUUCCUCGACGUACGCGAAGACGCCAACACCGCACUCGGACUCAUGAAUCUCCAUAACAACGAAGCAGGACGUAGAAGCAUCAGAUCGAGGAUGCAACGCGUCUGCAAGUGUCACGGAAUGUCCGGUUCGUGCAGCCUCCGCGUGUGCUGGAGGCGAUUGCCGCCGUUACGUCAAGUGAGCGAGGCCCUCUACCAGAGCUACGAAGGAGCCUCGCACGUGAAAUUCGUGGAACGACGACGAAAAAAGCUGAGGGCCGUCAGUCCGGAAAUGAAGAAACCGAACAAGACCGAUCUCGUCUUCCUCGACGACUCACCCGAUUACUGCGAGAAAAACGAAACUUUAAGUAUCCUGGGAACCAGAGGCAGGUUGUGCAACAGGACGAGUCAAGGUAUCGACGGUUGCCGUCUUCUGUGCUGCGGUCGCGGUUACCAGACGAGGGUGCGCGAGGUCGAAGAGAAAUGCAAAUGCAAAUUCGUGUGGUGCUGUAACGUCGUUUGUGAUAUCUGCAGGUACAAGAAGGAGGAGCACGUCUGCAACUGAAGAAUUAAGAAGAAAAAAAGAAAGAGUAAAGAACAACAAAAGAUUAAUAAAAGUAAGAGUAAUAACGAGAGAGAGAGAUUGAGAGACAGCGAAAAUGAAAGAACUAGAAAAGAAGAAACAACAACAGAAAAGAACGAUUUUAGUUUCAUUUUUUUUGAUAUUUCGGGUGCGUUCGUUGUUGUUUUAAAUAUAGUGUGCAUGUUAUUGUGUGUAUGUUAAAAGAAAUAAUGAAAAACCACCCGCUUCUAUUUAUUAUCAUCAUCAUCUUACUUGAUUUUCCUUGUACAUUUUUCAUUAUAUCGCGCAUUUCCGGCCAAAACACUGGUAGCCAACAUAAAAAUAACAAACAGUCACUAUUAUCAUCAUCAUCUCUGAAUCACUCAAUGUAAAACGAAUAGCCUAAUUUUGAAUUGAGUACUAUAUAUAAAAUGUGUAUUAUGUCUUCUUUAUAUAUGUAUUUAUAUAUAUAGUUAUU